UCGGGCAGCCGCUGACGCCAUCGCCGCAGCUGGGAGCCUCCGCGUGGAGCGCGGCCGUCACGCGCGCGGCUGGGGCAGGUUCUCUGGUUCUUGUUUCAGCUGAGCUGCCUCUUCAAGCCAUCAUGAGCUCUAAGAAACGGAAGUCACAGAAGGUCGCUGUGAUUGAGAAUAAUAAGAAAAUUGAUGACUACUUUCCUCAGAUCGAUAAGAAACAAGAGAAUAAUCCCGGCAUGCCUCAGAUGAAGAUGGGCUCCAGAAAAGGCCUCAAAAAUAUAACUAAUACCCAGGAUCUUGGACGCAAAGACCAGGCUAUAUCCCCAAAUAAGGUACUUUACAUUAUCUUGGAUGUACACCUCAGGAAAAACAAACAAAGGAAGCACAUGCUCACACAUAAUCCUGAGUACAGCUUAUCGGUGGCCAUCGACACCCUUCAGGCUGUGAAGGAGGAGAGAGAAGCUCAGUCGGGCAGAGAAAUGCUGGUGAGGGGCGUGAAGGAGAUCGAAGGCUACGUAAACCUCGGGAUGCCCCUCAGCUGCUUGCCCGACAACUGCCACCUAGCGGUUACAUUUGCCAGGAGUAAAAGCAAGCAGAAAGCAGAGAACCAGAUAUUUGGCCGGCUUGACAAGGGGUCCACCGACUGUGUCAAGUUCUUCAUCCACGCCAUUGGGAAGGAGAGAAAAAGGCUCGUGAGGCGCGGCGAGCUGCACAAGGAAGGGUGCAGACUCUGCGUGUUCGCCUUCAAGGGGGAAACGGUCAAGGACGCCCUCUGCAAGGACCGCAGGUUUCUUUCCUUCCUGGAGAGCGAGGACUGGAGGCUCAUCGAGGGCCUGGACUCCGUUGUAGAAAGCAGCCAGCUGGUCGACGCCCUGGAGGGCAAGCUCUUCCAGGUGGAGGUCAAGAGAUUGAGGGGCGCUAAGACGGCGGCCCCGCCGAGCCCCCAGCCGGGGGACGGAAACGCCGGUGUGCUGGGAGGAGAAAUUGUGGCCCAGUACCCUAGCCUGAAAAGAGAAACUGAAAAAAUUAGAGAAAUCUUCAAAAAGAAACUGAAAAAGACUAAGGAGAGAAGAUUGUUUCUUGAGCAAAAAACAAACUUUGGGAAAGUGACCAAAAACUCUACCCCGGUUAAAACACUCAAGCUUCUUUGUCACCUCAGCCAGUCAGUUGGGUACAUAGAAUGGGACAACAACGGAAAUAAGGGCUGUGCCACCUGCUUUGUGUUUACAGGGCUGUACAUUUUCACCUGUCGGCAUGUAAUAAGUAACAUGGUGGGAAAAGGGAUCAGUCCAAGUGGGUGGGCUUCCGUAAUUGGUGAGUGUGUAAGGGUGGCCUUUGGUUACGAAGACAGCCAAGACGGCAAGAACUUCUUUCCCGUUGAACCUUGGUUUGAGGUGUCUGAUGCGGACCUCGAUUAUGCCGUUCUGAAGCUGAAGGAAAAUGGACAGCAAGUACCUGUGGGACUCUACAAUGGAAUUGGUCCUGCACCACGUAGUGGGUUGAUAUAUAUCAUCGGCCAUCCAGACAGAGAGGCAAAGGCUACCGAUGCUUGUGUUAUAAUCCCUCAGGAGCAGCGAGUCGAGAAAUAUCGGGAACAUCUUCAGGCUGAAGGAUAUAAUGAUGACCUGCAGUUUAUCCAUAUGUUCACUCAAAAAAGUUUCCAGGAAAUUGUUCCCAGACCUGAUGUGAUUACCUAUGACACCUGUUUUUACUUUGGGUCUUCUGGCUCUCCAGUGUUCGAUUCAAAAGGUUCAUUGGUGGCCAUGCAUGCUGCUGGCUUCCGUAAUCUCUACCAAAAUGAAUUUUCCAGUAUCAUUGAGUUAGGCAUCACCAUGGAAUCCAUCCUCCAUAAUAUUAAACAAAACUAUGGGGCGUGGUAUGAUGAAUUAUUCAAAACUCAGCAGGAUGUGGAAAUGAUGAGCGACGAGGGGUGUUGACAGUGAGAAUUCAGUCUGCUUCCGAGCUUUAAGAGAAUUAGCUGUGGAAGGUUUUCCACCUUCCAUAUCUUCCCGUAAGUUCGGUUGCUUGAAGGCAGGAUCCAAAACUUGUUCAUCUCAUGUCUGGCACAUAGAAAGUAAAUGCUUAGAAAAUGUGUGGGUCAGUCGGUAGCAAAACUUAGGGCUUCGGUUAAUAUUAACUGUGGAGCUAAAUGCUCAAUUAAAAAUGAUCUCAAGUAAAAAUCUUUUAGAAUUUCCAAAAUCCUCAUAUUACUAGAACUGUCAGGGCAUAGGUGUUCUGAAAUUCAGAGAGUGGUAGCCACUCCUCAUGUAUUUACAGGCUAUCAGAACAAGGGGGAUGUCUUAAAGAUCACAUUAUUUUAUCCAGAUUUCCUUAGUUUUUAACAAAUGUCUUUUUUUCUGUUCCGGGAUUCUUUCCAGCCGCAUUAUAUAUGGCUGUCACGUCUCUUUAGGCUCCUCUUGGCUGUGACACUUUGUCAGACUUUUCUUGUUCUUAAUGACUUUAAUAGGAAGACUACUGAUCAGAUAUUUUGUAGGAUGCUCUUCUACUGGAAUUUGAUAUUUUUGUAAUAAUUAGACUGGGCUUGUGGGUUUUAAAGAGAAGGUCACCUAAAAUUUCCCUGGGCUUCACCUACCUAUCCCUCCCCUCUGCCCUGACUCCUGGUGACCACUGACCUUUUCACUGUCUUUAUAGUUUUGCUUUUUCCGGAAGGUCCUAUAAGUGGAACCAUAUUAUAUGUAGCUUUUUCAGAUUGACUCCUUUCACUUAGCAAUAUGCAACUGAAGUUCCUCUGAGUCUUUUCAUGGUUUGAUAGCUCAUUUCUUUUUAUCACUGAAUAAUAUUCUAUUGUAUAUCUCAAUUUUUUUUUUUUAUUCACCUUUUGAAAGAUCUCUUAGUUGCUUCCUUUUUUGGUGAUAAUAAAUAAAACUGCUAUAAGCAUUUGUGUACAAAUUUUUGUAUAAACGUAUGUUCUCAAUUCACAUAUGGUAAACACCAAGGAGGGUGGUCAUUGGACUGCAUGGUAAA